AGGAAGCGGAAGUAAAUCCAAAAGUUUAGGAUUAUUUCCGAUGACGUCAGCUCUUGCUCUGAGGCUUCACGCGGGAAACAGCGAGGUCUCCUCAACACAUUGACACUGAGCAUCACUUCUUCUGGAGGCAGAGAUGGGAGACACUCUCGAGUUCAACGAGAUCUACCAGGAGUCUAAAGGGUCCUGGAACGACGGCCGGCUGCGGUUCAGUAAGCAGAACGUGGUCUACAAAAGCAACAAGACUGGGAAGGUGGACAGCAUCUCGGCCGCGGAGCUGUCCCAGGCCACCUGGAGACGCGUGUGCCUGGGGCACGGCAUCAAACUGGCCACCAGCGCCGGGCAUGUCUACAAAUACGACGGCUUCAGAGACACGGACUAUGAGAAGAUCUCAGAAUUUUUCAAGGCUAACUACAAGGUGGAGCUGGCAGAGAAGGACAUGUGUGUAAAGGGGUGGAACUGGGGAACUGCUAAAUUCUCUGGUCCGCUGUUGUCGUUCGACGUGAAUGACAGCUCAGUGUUCGAGAUCCCCCUGGCCAGCGUGUCCCAGUGCGCCACUGGGAAGAACGAGGUGACCCUGGAGUUCCACCAGAACGACGAUGCCGAGGUCUCUCUCAUGGAGGUCCGCUUCUACGUCCCACCUGGCACCGCUGACGAGGGGGCUGAUCCCGUGGAGGCUUUUGCCCAGAACGUGCUGUCGAAGGCGGAUGUGAUCCAGGCUACAGGAGAUGCCGUCUGUGUCUUCAAGGAGCUGCAGUGCCUGACUCCCAGAGGAAGGUAUGAUAUCCUGAUCUACCCAGCCUUCCUCCACCUCCAUGGAAAAACGUUUGACUACAAGAUCCCCUACACCACGGUGCUGCGCCUCUUCCUGCUGCCACACAAGGACCAGAGGCAGAUGUUCUUCGUGAUCAGCCUGGACCCGCCCAUCAAGCAAGGCCAGACUCGUUAUCACUUCCUCAUCCUGCUGUUCUCCAAGGAGGAGGAGCUUCGUCUCACCCUGAACAUGAAUGAGGAGGAGGUGGAGAAGCGCUACGAGGGGAAGCUCAGUAAGAACAUGUCUGGUUCUCUGUAUGAGAUGGUCAGCAGGGUGAUGAAGGCUUUGGUCAACAGGAAGAUCACUGUGCCCGGAAACUUCCAGGGUCAUUCAGGGGCCCAGUGCAUUACGUGCUCCUACAAGGCCCAGUCAGGCCUUCUCUACCCUCUGGAGAGGGGCUUCAUCUACGUCCACAAGCCCCCAGUGCACCUCCGCUUCGAGGAGAUCUCCUGUGUCAACUUCGCCAGAGGGACCACCACCACGCGCUCCUUCGACUUCGAGAUCGAGACCAAGCAGGGAAACCAGUUCACCUUCAGCAGCAUUGAGAGGGAGGAGUAUGGGAAGCUGUUUGACUUUGUCAACGCCAAGAAGCUCAACAUUAAGAACAGGGGAUUCAAAGAGAAAAAGGGCAUGAAGGGGAAGAACAAUGAGUACAGUGACUCGGAUGACGACCAACACGACGCGUACUUGGAGCGGAUGAAGGCAGAGGGCAAGAUAAGGGAGGAGGGAGACGGCAGCGACGACUCGGAAGGAGAGACCGACGAGUCUUUCAACCCUGGAGAGGAGAGCGAUGUCGCUGAGGAGUACGACAGCAAUGCGUCAGAGAGCGACAGCGGCAGUGGGGGGGGUGACAGCGAGGACGAGGGAAAGAAGAAACCUGCAAAGAAAGUCAAAGUGGUGAAGGAGAGGAAGCCACGCAAAGAGAAAAAGCAGAAGGAUGCCAACGCCCCCAAGAGACCAAUGAGUGCUUACAUGCUGUGGCUCAACUCCAGCCGCGAGCGCAUCAAGGCGGAGAACCCAGGAAUCUCCAUCACAGAGAUCUCCAAGAAGGCAGGGGAGAUGUGGAAACAGAUAGGGAAGGAGGACAAGGAGGAAUGGGACGGCAAGGCAGAGGAGGCCAAGAGGAACUACGAGAGAGCCAUGAAGGAGUACCGAGAGAGUGGGGGAGUAUCCUCCGCGCCCGCCAAGAAGGACAAUAAGAAGAAGCCAGGAGGCAAGAAGGAGGACAAGAAGAGGAAGUCCAGUGGAGGGGAGAAGGAGAAGGAACGAGGAGGGGGGAACGACAGUUUUAAGAGCCGAGAGUUUAUCUCCAGCGAAGAGAGUUCGUCGGACGGAGAACGGAAGAAGGCCAAGAAACCCAAGGGAGGCAAACCCAAACCCAAGAGCAAGGAGUCUGAUGAUGAAGAGGAAGCCAUGACCACGCCCGCUACAUCUGAGGAGGACUCUGAUUGAGAGGAGGAAGAUUCUCUCUUGACCUGCUGAUGACAUAAAGAAACUGGGAACAUUUGGACGAGUUCAUCCACAGUGGCCGGUGCUCGAGACACGCCGAUUCCACACACACACACACACACACACACACACACACACACACACACACACACACACACACACACACAGAGAGUUACAUGGACCAAGAGUUUGUAUUCCCUUUCUGUAUGUCUUUAUUAGAAAGUGAAUUAUGAUUUACUGUGUUGUCUAUGAUUCUACUGGAUUCUAUUUGCCCCAUGGGGUUGGUUGGAAUUGACAUGCAGAUGUGAUCGGUCUGUACGGUAUUUUUAGUGGACAUUCUGACCUGCUUAAAGACAUUUAAAAACUGCAAGUCUGGGCGUAUUUUUUAUUUUUAUUUUAUCACGUUUUUUUGUUUGUGUUUUUUGACUGAAUGAAUAAAUCUUUUGUAACAAAA